UCCUCUCUCUCUUUCUCUUCAUCACCAUGGACAACAUUGGUGAUGAGUACAGGCAUUACUGGGAAACCAACAUGUUCCUCCAAACCGAAGAGCUCGACAGUUGGGGAUUGGGGGAGGAGGCGUUUUCCGGGUACUAUGAUUCCAGCUCCCCUGAUGGAGCAGCUUCGUCGAUGGCCUCCAAGAACAUUGUUUCAGAGAGGAACAGGAGGAAGAAGCUCAAUGAGAGGCUAUUUGCUCUUAGGGCAGUGGUACCCAACAUUAGCAAGAUGGAUAAGGCUUCUAUAAUCAAAGACGCCAUUGACUACAUCCAAGAGCUUCAUGAUCAAGAAAGAAGAAUUCAAGCGGAGAUCAUGGAUUUGGAAUCUCGAAAAUCAAAGAAAAGUGUCAUGUGUAGUUCUGAUUUCGAACAAGAGCUUCCGGUCUUGUUGAGAUCAAAGAAGAAGAAAAUCGAGCAGCUGUAUGACUCUGGAGGAUCAAGAACUUCCUCCAUUGAAGUCCUUGAACUUAGGGUUACGUACAUGGCGGAUAAGACAGUGGUGGUGAGCCUGACAUGUAGUAAGAAAACAGACACAAUGGUGAAACUGUGCGAGGUCUUUGAAUCUUUGAAGCUCAAAAUCAUUACAGCGAAUAUCACUGCCUUUGCUGGGAGGGUACUGAAGACUGUCUUCAUUGAGGCAGACGAAGAAGACAAGGAUCAUUUGAAGGUUAAAAUUGAAACAGCUAUUGCAGCUCUGAAUGGUCCGCAAAGCCCCAUGAGCAUAUAAUGAGAGAACUUAUUGAAGUCGAUUUCAUAAUUUGUUGGGUCUCUCCUUGGUGCAUGUUUUCAUGAAGAGCCUUCGCUUUGGUUUUUGUUAUGAGAAAAUCGACAUACUUUUGUUCAUGGCUAGUGUUAAACAGCAUGAUGCACUUGCGACAACGAAAACAUGUUUGAGAGCUCUAACUAUUAUAAAAUGUCACUUGGAGGUUACUUAAUCUGAAA